CGAAAAUACACUUCCUAGUUACUUAUCGUUUGGCUUCCUGUAGCAGUCAGCUGUGCUGGCUAAACGGCGCAACAACAGCCAGGAACCUAUUUGUGCUGAGUUUGUCAACAGGUCAAGUCCAAGAGGAAAUAAAGAAGAAGUGAUACCAUUUGCAUCUCAGAUGAAGAGGAUAGACUGCUGACCCCAAAUGGAGGAGUUCAGGCGGACGUACCUGCGACUGUGUAAGGAGGGAGGUGUGGCGCCCCAGGAGAGUGUUGUAGCUCAGCUUCAGGAGAACAGGGCUGCUCACAGCUCCAGGUUGGACCUAAGUGGAAAGAGCCUGUCUGUGGAUACCUGCUCUGUGCUGGCCAGGUCCUUCCAGACAGACACCAUCUUUACAGAAGUGUGGCUCAGUGACUGCAUGCUCAGCGAGGAAGGUGCCAAAGUUCUCCUGACUGGACUGUUUGGCAACACAACUGUGAAAAUCCUGGAUCUGAAGGGAAAUAACCUGAGAUCAGGAGGGGCUGAGGUGUUGGGAAAGUUGUUGGCACGCAACCAGAGUCUGCGCAGGCUGGUGCUGGAGUGGAAUGCAUUGGGAGUGUGGGAUGAGGCCUUCUCACUCUUUUGUGAGGGUUUGGCCUCCAACAGCAUGCUGACGCAGCUGGACCUGAGCAACAAUCAGAUCAACCAGCACGGAGCAUCUGAGCUUGCUCUGGCACUCAAACACAACACCACGCUGGAAGUACUAGACCUGAGGUGGAACAACAUUGGUCUGCUUGGUGGCAGGACCCUCCUAGAGGCUUUUCAGAAAAGCAAGUGCGUUGUGCAGCUGAAGCUGGCAGGGAACAAUAUUCCCAGUGACACACUCAAAGCACUCGAGCAGACUGCAGGGCACAACUCAGACAGACAGCACACCCUGAGAGAGAGCCACAGGAAGACCCAGGUCCUUUGCAAAGAGAUCCAGACACUGAAGGACAAGAAAAGCAACCAGUACCUGAGCCUGAUGGAAACCAUAGACAGGCAGCAGGGGGAGAUAGGACGCUCCAACAGGUCGACUUCCAUUCAGAUAGGCCAGCUCCAAGAAGCUCUGAAUGAGAGGAAGUCAGCUGUCAACUCUCUCACUGCCAAACUGCAGAUGACGGAGGCAGCUCUCGCCCUCUCUGAACAGAAAAAUCACAACAUGAAAGAAUUGCUGACUAGAGUGAAGGCUGAGAAAGAAGAACAGAGGGAGCAACAGAGUAAAGAGAGGAAGAAAGAGCAAGAGGACUGUGUGCAGAGAGAGAGCAAACUCCUCAGAGAGAUCCAAAACCUGUCCGAAACCAACAUGCAACUCAGGAAUAAAGUCGAGGAGAUGGAGCGGAGGAGUAAGUCUCAACAAAACCAGAUCUUUGAGUUGAAGCAAGAACUGACCAACAGUACAGCUGAGCUCAAGCUGCGACUAUCACAGACAGAAGACCGUCUGGAAACAGAGAAACGAAGGUCCAAGCAAGCCCUCGAGGACAUGGACAGUCUCCGACAAAAAGAGGUUGAGCAUGUGAAUCGUAAUCUAGAAGUGAGUGAGAGAGCUCUGCAAGAACGGAUCUUCAAACUGGAGGGACAGAGGAUACAACUGGAAGAGGAGCUGAGCAAAGCUAAAGCAGUGUGUGUGACAGAGAGGGCCCAGGCAGAGGAGGAGCUUGGAAGAGUGCGAGCUCAAGUGCGUCUGGAAGAGCAGGAGCGUGUGUCAGCCUUAGAGGAGAAGCUUCGCUCAGUGCGCUCCUCCCUGCAGGAGGUCCAGCUUCACUGCUCCCAGCAGAAACAGACCAUCUCUGAGCUGCAGGCCAAGACCAGCCAGCAGAGCAUUGAGAUGGAUGGACUGCGACGCAGGAUAGAGGAGCUCCAGCAGGAGCUGUCGGGUAAGGACCAGGAGAAGGUGGCUGAGGUGAGCCGGGUCAGGGUGGAGCUGCAAGAGCAGAUUGGACAUUUACAGGCAGAAAGGACAGCACAGGGAGGACUCAAAGAGAAGAUCUGUGCUCUGGAGAGAGAGAUUAAAGUGCUGAGCAGUAACCACAGAGAGGCGCUCCUCGACAAAGAGAGUGAGAUGUCUUCCAUGCUGGAGAAGCUGCGGUUGAAGGAGGCGGAGAUCCAGAGGAUGAGGGCGGAUGAGGCAAACAGAGCCAGCUACCUGCAGAACGCAAUCCUCACAUAUGUUCAGGGCUCGCCUCUGGGACACUACAGCAGCCCCAAGAAAUAACCGGGCGAGCUCAACACCUCAUCUGUAACCUCUGAGCCACUCACACUGGGAUCAUGCUCAGGUCAGGAAGGUCUGCAGAAUGGAAGUUUUUAACAGUAGUAUGAGAGACAUUGGUGCUGGUCAGUAUGACUACCAUAGGCUGUGCUUUAAGCUUAAUACCAACAUUAUCAUGUCAACAUGCUUACAAUGACAAUAGUAAGCCGAUAUGUUUAUACCACGUUCACAUUUUAGUUUAAUAAAUUUGCAUGCUAUAAUUUGCUAGCAAUGAACACAAAGAACAGCUGAGGCUGAUGGGAGAGUCAUGCAGGUACCUGGUCAUAAAUCCAAGUGUGGCAUAAACUGGAAUUUUGACCUAGUUAUGGCUCAAGAUGAAAAGUCAGAGGAUCAAAGUGAUUAAAUUCCUUUUGAGGGGAACAUGAAUGUGUGUCGCUAAUUUCAUUUUAAUCCAUCCAAAGGUUGUUGAGACAUUUCCUUCCAAACCAAAGGAAGCGUCAAGGGGAUUAGGAUAGUUAUUAAGGUACGCCAAUAAGGAACCAUGACUGUACCAAAUAUCUUAGCAAUCCAUUUAGUAGCUUUUGAGAUUUUUUAGUCUGAACCCCACAACAGAUUGACAUCACUUCUCUGGAGCCAUGGCCGAAAAAUACUGGCCUCAAGUCCAUGAGAUCAGCUGUGCAUGUCAUGAUCCCCUUAGAAAAAUGAACAUUUCACCACCACUUUUAGAGAAAUUUUAGAAAGCACAUUGUCCAACACUUUUAGAUUAUUGACUAUAACACUUCAGCCACAAGUUCGUUAGAGUUCUACCCUUUUUUGGCAGCUGAAUGAGAGAACAUGUUUAAUCUCCAACUGGGGUCAAGUGUUUGUUUCUAACGACGCAUUAAUGAAGGGAUAAUCAGAUUGAUGUUAGCAGAUGUAUAUUAUUUCUCUUUUCAGACACAAAUGGAGAAGCCAUGCUGUGCAUUAAAAAUCAUAAAAGGAACAGGGUAAAAACAUUAUCAGGGGACUUAACUUUACUAAAUAUUCCUCAAUAUGCCUAAAAGUUUAAGAAGUGCUAUUGUUUCAGCAUUAUAGUCUUAUUUUGAGAAUAUUUGACUUUGUUUGAAAUGAGAAUGAGCUCCUUUUUUAAGAAUUCAGUAUUGUGCAUUAACUGAGAUGAACUGUGCUUCAAAGUAAAUGCAUAUAAUAAUUUGAA